CGUGCUGGGGGGUAGCGGGAAGGCGACGGUCCUUCUUGGCUACCCGUCCGCCAUGUUUUCGGGCCGGGUCAGCCUUGGUCUUUCCCCGUGAGGAAAUGGUCGAGAGGUUUCAGGGAGCCCAGGCGCCCUUGCCUCGGCUGAGCCCGGGCUGACGAGGCAGGGCGGCCGGUGACCCGGAGCUGUGCGCGGGGCGGAGGGGGGUCGCGGCCAUGGCGUCCGGCAGUAACUGGCUGUCGGGGGUGAAUGUCGUGCUGGUGAUGGCCUACGGGAGCCUGGUGUUCGUGCUGCUGUUCAUCUUCGUCAAGAGGCAGAUCAUGCGCUUCGCCAUGAAGUCGCGGAGGGGCCCUCAUGUCCCUGUGGGGCACAACGCCCCCAAGGACUUGAAAGAGGAAAUUGAUAUCCGGCUGUCCAGGGUUCAAGAUAUCAAGUAUGAGCCUCAGCUCCUUGCAGAUGGUGAUGCAAGACUGCUACAGCUAGAAACCCAGGGAAAUCAGAAUUGCUACAACUAUCUCUACAGGAUGAAAGCUCUGGAUGCCAUCCGUGCCUCCGAGAUACCAUUUCACGCUGAAGGCAGGCAUCCCCGUUCCUUACUGGGCAAGAAUUUCCGCUCCUACCUGUUGGAUCUUCGGAACGCUAGUACCCCUUUUAAGGGCGUGCGCAAGGCCCUCAUUGAUACCUUGCUGGAUGGCUAUGAGACGGCGCGCUAUGGGACAGGGGUCUUUGGCCAGAGUGAGUACCUGCGCUACCAGGAGGCCCUGAGCGAGCUGGCUACUGUGGUCAAAGCGCGAAGUGGGAGUUCGCAACGACAGCACCAGUCCGCUGCCAAAGACUUGACCCAGUCCCCUGAAGUCUCGCCGGCGACCAUCCAGGUGACAUACCUCCCCUCCAGUCAGAAGAGUAAACGUGCCAAGCACUUCCUUGAACUGAAGAGCUUUAAGGACAACUAUAACACACUGGAAAGUACUCUGUGAUGGGCUGCUGGCUGCUGCUGC